CCCGCAACCAUCGCGCAAGACCUGCUUGCGUGCACACCCGGCGAACAACAGCACCCGCCAAAUUCUGCGCGGUCUGACCAUCGCCCGACACAGUGACCUGCUCUCUUCCUCUUCGAGUCGCGACGACCUCUCCCAACGCGCCUGCCGAGCCGCACACCUCCCCCGGCCAGCCGCCCACUGCCGGCGCACCCAGACCGAGCCAUGGCGAGGCCGCGGAAAGACGUCAAAUUCCAGCACAGAGGCAGCAACGGCAAGGCGCGACGGCCGUCGAUGAGCAUGUCCGAGAUCAGCGAGAAUGCCUCUGAGCCGGGCAGUCCCACGCGCAACGGGGCGCUGAGCAAGUCGGAGCCUGCAACGCAAGAUCCCCCGCCGCAGUCCGAGUACGAGAAGAAGAAGCAGAACUUCAUCACGCGCACAAUAUGGACCUUUGUCAUGAUCGGCGGCUUCUUCUGGGCCCUCUUCGCCGGCCACAUCUACAUCAUCAUUGUCGUCACCGCCGUGCAGAUUAUAUCCUUCAAGGAGGUCAUCGCCAUCUCCAAUGUGCCCAGUCGCGCGCGGAGUCUGCGCUUUACCAAGUCGCUGAAUUGGUAUUUCCUUGGCACCACCAUGUACUUCCUCUACGGCGAGAGCGUGAUAUACUACUUCAAGCACAUCCUGCUCGUGGACCGUAUUCUGCUGCCCCUGGCGACGCACCAUAGGUUCAUCUCCUUCAUGCUCUACAUCAUCGGCUUCGUCUUCUUCGUGUCUUCUCUCCAGAAAGGCCACUACAAGUUCCAGUUCAACCAGUUCGCAUGGACCCACAUGGCUCUGUUCCUCAUUGUUGGACAAGCCCAUUUCGUCAUCAACAACAUCUUCGAGGGCUUCAUCUGGUUCUUCCUCCCUGUUUCUCUAGUCAUCACCAACGACAUUUUCGCAUACCUAUGCGGUAUCACCUUUGGCCGCACGCCGCUGAUCAAGAUUUCACCCAAAAAGACGUGGGAAGGCUUCCUGGGUGCCUGGUUCUUCACCACCCUCUGGGGUAUCGGACUGACCCACAUUAUGUCGCAGUACAAGUACUUUAUUUGCCCCGUGAACGACCUCGGAGCGAACAUAUGGACGGGUCUCCAAUGUAACCCUAAUCCUGUCUUCAUACCGAAAACAUACACGGUCCCCUUCAUUCCGCAAGGUCUGCCAAUUCCUGCAACCUUCACCUUUAUGCCAGUCCAACUGCACGUCCUCGUCCUCGCCAGCUUUGCCUCGCUGAUUGCGCCCUUUGGUGGAUUCUUCGCCUCCGGGCUUAAGCGGACCUUCAAGAUCAAGGACUUUGGUGACAGCAUCCCAGGACAUGGUGGAAUGACGGACCGCAUGGAUUGCCAGUUCAUCAUGGGGACAAUUGCUUUCUUCUACUACUCUAGCUUUAUUGCCGUCCACAAGACUAGUGUGGGCAGCGUACUCGAGGCCGCCAUAACCGGUCUCACGCCCGAAGAACAGGUUGAGGUCUUCAAGAUCCUGGGCAAGCAUCUCGUGAAUCAGGAACUCAUUCCAUCCAAGGUGCUUGAAUAUGUCAACGCCCAAUUUAAGCGAUGAGGGCCCGCGUGCUCCCAGUGCUCCCGGUUCAUAACGACCGAUACAUUUUCUAAUGAAUGAUAUUAGCGGUGGGAUGCUCCGACGACACACCGCUUCGUUUGAGAAACACUUGGCUUUCCUAAGAUUCUGGCCAAGCUCAGCUAGCUUGCUUUCUUCGUUGGUACUCGUUUUUGAGUAUAUACCCUCUUCUUUUAUGCCUGAAGGUCGGCG